CUCGAGAUGGUGACGCGGGUGCGAGAAAUCGGGGACUGCGCGACGCGCCCCGCUCAAGCGGCUCCUUAGCUGUCUCAUGGCCGCCGCGCGCGAGCUCGUCAUCUCUCUCAGUUCAGCUCCAAGGCGAUCGCCGCCCUGCGCGUAAAGGGGUUCUUGCCGAUCAAGGACUACAAGCUCUCGUCUGCGCCGAUGGGUCUCGAGGAGCGCAAGAAGCUGCUGCCCGCGCCCUACACCGUGCCGGUGCUGCGAUGGGAUGGCGAGGUCGUGGCUGGCUCGGACGAGAUCUGCGCCUUUCUCGACGAGCGCGUGGCAGAGCCGCUCCUCUACCCUGCCAAGCACGAGGGCGAGAUCCGCCGGCUGGAGAGGGCCGCCUCCGAUCUGUACUGGGUAAACGGGUGGCUGUCAACGGUGGACGCCGCUGGAUUCGAGCGUUGGAGCGGCGCAAGGGUGCGCAAAUACGUGAGCGGCGGCGGCGCUGGCGUCGGGCCGCGGCUGCUCUUCAAGGCGCUGCCCGGCUCCGUCACGAGCCGAAUGAUUCACGGCGUGGCUAAGAAGAGCUACCUCGCGACGCUGCGGCGGCGGGGCGCGGAGCUGGGAGGCGAGACCGGCGCGGCGUGCCUGCGGCUGGCGGCGGAGCGCGACACGGCUCUAGUGAUGGAGGAGGCGCGAGCGAUGCUGCGCGCAUUCGACCGCGAGCUGCAAGCGUCGGCAACGGAGUUCUUUUGCGGCGCUUCCGAGCCGACAUCCGCCGACCUGACGCUGUACGGCAUGCUAGAGCGCUGGCUGGGGAACAGCCUCUGUCCUGGUCUGAACGGGCCCGCGCAGCCCUCGGUCAUUGACGGCAUGCCCGGCCUCAGCCUCGCGUGGGAACGGAUGCACGAGCGGUUCCAGCGCGACUGCACGCUCUCGGAGCUCGACGACUUUGCCGACAUCGCCACUUCCGUCGGCGAUGUCACGUGGUCGCGGAAGGGCUGACUCGUUGCCAUAGUCUCACUCCACUGACAGUGUGCCGUGCGCCUCGUGCGGGCCGACCUCACACGACAGCUCAAAGUUUGACAAAAUUGGUCUCCGACAAACAAA